UGGGGACAGCGGUAGUAAGAUGGCGGAGACUCCGCUGUACUGUGUCUGCCGGCAGCCCUACGACGUUAGCCGGUUUAUGAUAGAAUGCGAUGUUUGCAAGGACUGGUUUCACGGCAGCUGUGUCCAGGUGGAGGAGCACUAUGCCGCGGAUAUCGAUAUGUACCACUGUCCCAACUGCAGCGUCCAGCACGGACCCUCCCUGAUGAAGAAGCGCUGCAACUGGCACAGGCAUGAUUACACCGAGCCCGAUGAUGGCACCAAGCCCGUGCAGGCGGGCACCACCGUGUUCGUGGAGCAGCUGCAGGCACGGGCCUUCCCCAGUGCUUCCGAGGUGGUGGUGCGGAUGCAGGGUGGUCAGGUGACUCAGAAGUACCUGGAGGAGGAGGGCUUCCAGUACCCCAUCAUGGUGCCCAAACUGGAGGACCUGGGUCUGAAGCUCCCGCCCCCUUCCUUCUCCGUCAGAGACGUGGAGCAUUACGUGGGGAGCAAUAAAGUCAUCGAUGUCAUAGACGUGGCCCGGCAAGCAGACAGCAAAAUGACACUGGGCGAGUUUGUGAAGUACUACUACAAACCCCAGCGACCCAAGGUGCUGAACGUCAUCAGCCUGGAGUUCUCUGACACCAAGAUGGCAGAGCUGGUGGAGGUCCCGGACAUCGCACGGGAGAUGUCCUGGGUGGAAAACUACUGGCCCGAUGACUCCUUCUUCCCCAAGCCCUUUGUGCAGAAGUACUGUCUCAUGGGAGUGAAGGACAGCUACACGGACUUCCACAUAGAUUUCGGCGGGACCUCUGUGUGGUACCAUGUGCUCUGGGGCGAAAAGAUUUUUUACUUGAUAAAGCCGACACGGGCGAACCUUGCACUGUACGAGACAUGGAGCUCGUCCCCCAACCAGAGCGAAGUGUUCUUCGGGGAGAAGGUGGACAAGUGCUACAAGUGUGUGGUACGGCAGGGAACCACCGUUUUCAUCCCCACAGGUUGGAUCCACGCUGUUCUCACUUCUCAGGAUUGCAUGGCCUUUGGAGGAAACUUCCUCCACAACCUGAACAUAGACAUGCAGCUCAGGUGCUACGAGAUGGAGCGAAGACUGAAGACCCCUGACCUUUUUAAAUUCCCCUAUUUUGAGGCCAUCUGCUGGUAUGUGGCCAAAAACCUGCUGGAGACCCUCAGAGAAUCUCGGGAGGAUAAGUGCCAGCCACCAGCCUACCUGUUAAAAGGAGUGAAAGCUUUAAUUACUGCACUGAAGAACUGGCUCAAGAGGGAGAUAAGAGAGCCAACCAGUGAGGUUCCUGACCAUAUCAGGCCCAAUCACCUGAUCAAAGAGCUCACCAAGGAGGUGCGGUACCAGGAGGAGGAUCAGGGCAGUGGGGGAGGGGCCAGGCCGCUGAAAUCUCAGGGCAGCGGGACGCUGCAGGAGCGGGUGUCCCACGCACGUCGGGCGGCGGCCAGGCAGCUGCGUGACCACACCCCCUCCAGCCUGGACAUCUUGGAGCUGCACACGCGUGAGGUGCUACGCAGGCUGGAGGCGGAGCCUCUGAGUGAGGACUCAUUCUUCAGCUCAAGGGUGAACAGGAAGUUCAACAUGGUUUCCACGGCAUCGGCGGCUGCAGCAGAGAGGAGUUUAGACAACCUGCGUCUGGUGCUGUGCAACGGCAGGAUCGUGAGAUACCAGAGGACGUCACACCAACAGGAGAGGGGCGAGCAGCAUAGUGCCAUCGCCACGGGAGAGAUGCCCAGCUGCCUCAGCAGAUUUUUGGGGAGUGUGAAAUCUGAACUCAGGAAUGGAGGGUCGUCAGGGCAGUCUGAGGUGUCGGACUCGGAGUCUGAAGACAGUUGCACUACGCAGCAGAAACACUUGUCUAAGGAAGACUCAGGCAGCUCAGAGGAGGAGGAGGAAGAGGAGAAGGCGUCCAAUCAGAGAGGGAAUUUCCACCGAACCACGCCCACAUACCGACACCAGGACACAUCGCACAAGAGAGAACGUCCUACCUCACCAAGCACAGAGGAAGCCAUUCAGGGCAUGUUGUCCAUGGCUGGGCUGCUGUGCCCACAGCAGCCAGGAGAGGGUGCCACGUCCCAGGAGUCCUGGUGGUCUGGUUCGCACCAUCACUCACCCCACAGUGAUGGGGAGCAAGAGAGUCAAUUGGACUCUGACAGUAACUCCACCCCCAGGCAUCAGGGUGAGCUGGGGGCUCAGCAGAGCCCUGGAGGGGUAUGCCGAUUGGAAUCCCGAGCGGAGCUCCCUCAGAGGAACCAGGACAACAUGAACUUCAUGGACAGUCAGAGCAGCAGUGAGGCCUGGGCCAGUCACAACAGCCCUGGGACAAACUACCAGCACCCCGAGACCUCCCUGUCACUCCCUCUGCACCCCUCUAAGAGGCCCGCCUCGAACCCCCCACCCAUCAGCAACCAGGCCACAAAAGGCAAGCGGCCUAAGAAGGGCUUGGCCACGGCCAAGCAGAGGCUGGGGAAGAUCCUCAGGCUGGGCCGGCACAGCAGCCACCUCUUUGUGUAGCUCUGGAAACGGACAAGAAGUGAAGACACUGGCGGACAACGGAGGCGUUUACCCUCACCAUGCACACUUAGGUGACAGGGUGUGGGAUUCACAAGACAUGUACACACACAGAUACAGACACACUCACACACAGGGGAGCGCUGUGGAGGAACUAAACCGACCUUGGGAGGAGGUGGGUGUUUUGCUGAGGCCAUUUGGGUCGAGGGUGUUCAGAUUACACGUACAACUGAACAGAAGGUGUGAUGUCCAUAAAGGGGGUCCAACCAGAAUCCUUGAGUCUGGGUCUGAGUCUGAUGAUCACCAGGCCCAACCUCAACCCACCCCUUCACCCCCCCAACAAUCCUGAACUGUGAAAUGGCUCCAACUAAAUGCAUUAAGCUCACGCCAAGAAUGUGGGGGCUCCUUCCUGUCUCUUCCUUCCUGUUUCCUGCUUCCUGUUGGGAUUGUUGCCGUCUGGCUGUGUGCGUGUGGGACGGUGGCUUGUGUUGGGAUGUCCCUGGCUCUGGAACUACAAGGGUGCUAAGCUCAAUUGCUAUUUAAAAUGGUGCUGUUCCCCCUUUACCCACACCAGCUUCAAGGUGAAGCUGAGUUUAGGGAGGAUACUGAUGAUGGCAGCCCUCUGAUUGGGCCACAGUCUACCCUGUCUCCAUGGUUACAUCAUUCACAUCACAAACCAGCGACGGGAACCAAGAGCCAGAUCAAUUUUCCUGAAUGUUCAUGACAGCCUAAGCCACCAAAGCUACUUUCUUGGCAUGGUACUUUCAUUCUUGACAACAUGAUUUGGUCCUCCCUGUGUUCCUGCAGCUGUUUCUUUGUGUUGAUUGGCUUGUUUCUGUCUGUUGCAGUAGCUAAAUCAUGCUUGAAUAUCAUGCAAAAAAGGUUUGCUUUGAAAUAAAGCAGUAUCAUUUUGUGAAAAUUACUCCUUUGGCGCCCUCUGUAGGACAGAGGUAGACUGGCACUCUGAGCGUUGCCUUCAGAAUAAAAAUGUCUAAAAUAGAAAAAAUACUGUGUGUAAAACAGGAAAAAAAUAUUUUUGCUUAAUUUAUUUCAUUCUACUUCAGAUUGUUUUCAGUAUGUUUUAAAGUUUCUGGUUGCUUUUGGAAUUAUGUAUUUGUUAUUUAAAAAGGUGAAUUUUAUUAGAAUUGCAUGGGAAGAGUUACCUCAGGCCUCUUGUGUUCUCACGGCUGCACUGGCUCUGAGCACACUGUAUUCAGCAGUGAGACCAGUGGUGCUUUCAGCCACUCAGCCUUCCUGUAGCUCAAAGCUUGUGUACUUAAUAUGAUGUGGAAAUCUUCCUCUGUCUUUUUUUUUCAUGGACGUGGCAUUGCAGUGUGCUGACAGCGCACCUUUUUUUCUACUCCUCUGGUUAAUUGGCCGUACGCACCUGCAGACUCUUUAUUUGCGUGUCUUUUACUGAGUUCGACUACUUUCCUUUCAAGUCCUGGACGUGCCGUUCUCCCUUCCAGUGUUAUGUCAUGUCUGUGGUAUGGCUUAACAUUGUUCACAGUUUAUGCUGUGAAACACAGCUGUGCUGGAUGAGAUUCUCUCUUUCUUGGUAAAACAGGCACACGGAGAGAAAUUUGCUGAAAAAACAAUCUGUCCAGUCAAUACUCGUGGCAAAGUAGUUUUUUAAAUGUUGUUUGAUAAUGAUCCAUUUUCUACUUUUCUAAAAGAAAGUUUUCCAAUAUUGACAGAAAUGAGUGCGGAAGCACAGAUUGCACUACUAGUGUGCUGAGUGUAAAAAAAAAAAAAAAAAAGGCUACUGAUUCCACGUAUUGGAAAAUGCUGAUCUGUAUUCUGUGUGGUGUCAGAGUGGCAUACCAGCUUUGAGCAUGACUGAUUUUAAUGUUGGCUUAAAGGUGUGUUCCUGAGUGAUGUGGGUAAUUGCGGACUGAACCCUUCAUCUCUCUUCUCCCAGUGUGUGCCAUGGUGGUGUGGGCCUCUCUCUGCCGAUCCAGGGCUCUCUGCAGGGCUUGUGUUGGGAGGACGGUGGGCAGGCGGUUCUUACUCAGGGACUCUGCUCUCUGGCUGCAUCACCAGCAGCGGGCAAUGAAUUUCAUCACAACUUCCAAUCAGAUUACCUGCACAUUAUACAGCUUUUGACAUUUUACAAAAAACACCAACAGGCAGGGUCUUGCUAUUUGAACAUAAAACCCAGGGAGAGUGUUUGGUAACUGCUGUUCUUUUUCAAGUAUCUGUUCACUUUUUGUGGAACAACUUCAGAUAAGCUGAAGCUCCGAUGAAAGGUGCAUGUAAUGACAAUUGUAAGAUGUUUCUAAAAGCUCUGGGAGAGGCAUUUGGCUACAGAUAAAAUUGCAAGUGCUGGUUUCAUUGGUUGCUUUCAUUGGAUGACUCAUUUUUUAUUUGGGUUUGAAAGCUUUGAUCAUCUGGGUUCUGGGACAUGGGAAUGUCUUUGAAGCCAUUGAUGAGUAGAAACUUAUCUUCAUGUUUGUCCAGAAACCACCUGUUAGCAGGACAUCUGAUCAGCACUGUUAACUUCCUCUACAGCAGCAUCCCCCUAUGAAUGAGGAUGCAGGUUCUGCUAUGAACCUGCAUUGGUCAUGAUUUUUUAUUGUUUUAGUGUGAGAUUCUGUUCUGAUUCUGGGUCCAGAGUGAAUGUGUACAGUGAUAGGAGAGUGGGGCUUUUGAAUCCUAGAAUACAAACAGCUGUCAGGUGCGAUCAAACAUUUAGUGCAAUCUCAACUGCUUUUCCCCAUGGAGAGCAUGGGAAGUGUUUUGAUUGUGUCAUUAGGUGCCUGACAGGUCGUGGUUUAUAAAGCCCCUUAUUCAUGCCACAGCUUCUGGGAUGGGAUUAAGCCCUUUUUAUUCAUGUUUUAAUCUUGACAAGCCGAAAUGCCAAAGUGGGGUUGAAACGCCACUCAGGGAGCCAGUGUGCAAAUCGGAGCACAACUGGGACCAGAGCCAUCGUGGAGAUGAGUGUCCAACUCAUUGUGAUUUCCGCAGUGGCAGCGGUAUUCUGGAGCUGCACUCAGGUGCUGCGUAGAACAAAGCCAGAAACUGACCAAGGGCUUCCAUUGGAAAAGGUGGACGUAGCACCGUUGUCGCAGUUCUUUCCCCCCUGGUGCUUUCAGUUUCCUCUGCGCUGAAUACCCUGUGCUACUGCAGAUGUGUAACCCCACCACCUGAAAGCAAAACCUCUUUAGUAAACAUUCCUCAUGGCCCGCUGUUUAUUAAACCGCAUGUGCUGUGGAAGUAAGCAGAGGACAUGUCAAGAAAAAGGGCCCCAGAUCAGGAUGUUACCGCAGCUACUAAACCUCUCCCUUGCGCUAUCCGCUACCUGCCAUAUUGCACUAAUUUAAUCCAGGAUUAAGCUUGUUGAGUAGCUUUGGGGCUAACCUUCAGACAAUGCGGAACUAAAAGGCUCAGUUCCCACUUUGAUUUGUUGAUCGUUUGCGCAAUCUUUAUUGAGCUGUCCUUAGUUAUACUGCCGACCAUAUGUCCAGUUAUUCCUUCUUAGCGUGAUGUUGGCCCUGCGGGUUAAAAUUCUGUUCCAGCGCUUGAAUGAGAAUAAGCCUGAGUUCAGUAUUAUUCUCGCAAACAACAAAAGAGGUUCCACUGAAGUGCUGAAACUGUAUCACCAGUUUUCCUCAUAUUCAACUUCACUGGACAGUACCUUCAGUUGAUCAUGACUUUGCAUUAAAACUUUACUCUUGGUUUCACCUUUCUGUGAGCAUGACAGUAGACCUGUGGGGUAUGUAUAAUGCAGUCCUUUUAAUUGUACAGUAUUUAUUUGAUAUUUUUUCAUAAGAAAUGAUGGAUUUAAAAUUUUGGCAAUUGUGACUGGAAGUACCUUUCCCUAUUUUAAUCCCUCAAUAGUUUGGGUGUUUUAAAGAUAUUUUGCUAUUUGAAACAUGAAAA